AUUAUUAUUGAUAACAUAUAAGAUUGAUUAUAAUCAUAUGUGCGAUUAGCAGAACUUGCCAUUUUUAUUAUGUAUAUUUUUAUCAAUGUUUGCAGUUUAAUGCGAUGUGAAUACAAUAUGCACUUUUAAUGUUAUUUAAAUGUUAUACAAAAUAUAUUGCAAAUGUGUUAACUGUAUAUGUUGAACGAUAUUUUGUGCAACAAUUAAGUAGAUCACUUUGUUAUAUAAUUUUAAUAUUAUUUACGUUACAUCAUGUCCGCGAAGAAUUCAACAGUAGAAUUGCGACAAGAAAAAACAUGGGUAUCGUGCGUAGGCGACUUUGCGAUUUUGAAGAAAUUCUUUGCGCAAAAGCAGGGACCAAUUUGGUAUACGAUGCAAUUAUUUGAAGCCUUGCUGCGCGGAUUUGGACAGGUCGUUUUUGUGAACAAUCCCCUCGGCGGACUACUGAUAAUAGUUACCUGGGCUACAGUAGAUCCAGGUACAUUGGCGUUGUCCGUAGCCGCCGCCGUCCUUGGCCUCCUACUGUCCGUGGUCAUACGAGAACCUCGGAAUAUCGUAGAAAACGGAUUAAGCGUAUACAAUCCCGUGCUGGUCGGCUCGGUAUCAUAUGUUCUGAUACCGCAGAUUUACGGAGCCUUCGAUGCCUUCAGCUUCCUGCUUGUGUUCCUGGGGACGAUACUCAGUGUUUAUCUGACGCGGUCUUUGAGAAGCGAUACAUUCGCAUGCAUGACGUGGCCAUUUAAUCUAGUGGAGAUCGUGUUGAUUUUCGCCCUUUCAACACAAAAUGGUGCGAAUGAGUUGACUAAAUCUAUGGAACCAAUGCUUGAAAAGCACAAUGCAACAAGUGAGACAACGAUGACGACGAUGAACAGCACCGGUUUCUACGCGGAGAGCAACGAUUAUGUCAACUGGGGAAUGGUAUUUCGAGGUUGCGUCGUUUCCUCGGCGCAAGUGUAUGGCAUCAAUAACGAGAUCCUUGGAGCUGUCAUAUACUUGGCAAUGUUAAUGUAUUCGCCAACAUCAACCGUGUUUUCUUUUUUUGGCGCUUUCUGUGGAACUUUAGCAGGUUUGCAACUCGGAGUAGAUCAUGAUAAAGUUUACAACGGAAUCUGGGGAUAUAAUAAUGUAUUGACCGGAAGUGCUUUAGGAGGAAAUUUGUUCGUGCUGAAUGGUCAAACGGCCGCUGCCGCUGUCAUGGGAAUCAUUUUUACUUCGCUUGUGCAGUAUUCCUUAGAAUCAAUAUUUAUAAACACGCAACUAUCUUCAGUCUUGACGUUACCCUUCGUAAUAGCGACUUCGUUUUUUUUUAAAUUGAAUAACGGCAAGGGAGAUUUGACGUUUCCGUGGCCCGUACCGCCAAUGUCCUUCCCUGAGAAACAGCGUCAUGAUUAUCUCAUGCGACAAAGGUAUGUUAAAGAGGAAGAUACCUCGGAAGAAUUUGAGGUCGUCAUUCAGAAUGAAGAGGGGCCGACCCAAACUGAUAAUUAAUGAUCUGUCCCUGAAUAAUAUGCGAAAUUACAAUUUAGCAUUAUAUGGUAAACAAUUUUCAACGUUUACCGUAUUACGUCUUAAUCAUUUAAAGUAAAAAGAUUUCUAUUUUUAAUCAUUUACAUAAAUGUAAUAUGCUUGAGCUUUUAUUAUUUAACUUGAGUAAAUUAGUCAUAUAUUUCUGAUAAUAGCUUUUGACCGAUAUAACGCCAAUUCAAUAAUCGAGUUCCCCCUUUAUAUCUUCUUGAAGAAGAAAAGAAAAAGUUUUCCGUCGAUUCAUUCGUGCGGAACAGAUAAAGUUAUUCUUGCGAUAUCUACAAACAUAUAUGUUUUUAAGCAUCAGUGAAUACUAAUACUAAUUCAAGUUAUAUAAGCAUAUUAAAUAGAAGUAGAAAAAUAUUAAACAG